GAGCACCCCUUACACCCUUACUGAACAACAAACACCCUCUUGCUGUCUUGCAUCAUCAUCUUCAUCGUCGAAGACCAACAACCUCUUGGACCGGUAGUCACCUUCAUCAUCGAAGACCAACAUCCAGAAAAGCAAUUAGUGAUAGUUAUAUUUCUUCAAUUUCUCUUCACUUUGCCUGCUCCUUUCUUCAUUUUACUCGCAUUUUGAAAGGUUAAACUCAAUUUUAAUCCAAAAAACUAUACAUAUAUAUUAUAUAUAGACGUGUCGUGUGAACUGGACGGCGGGCCUGUGCCCACGGCUUGCAUCCGCCACUGGCGAUUAAGGCGAUUAGUGAUCUCACCUACACAAACAAACCGGAAUGCUUGUCGUUUGAACAACAUGAUAUGAUGAUUAAAUUACCAUUGUAACUGGUAUGCAUAAGCUUUCUGUAUAUCAAACCUAUACAAUGCUUUAUACCAAUUUGUCCCUGAGUUACGUUACAACACACAUUCAUAAUUUCCAUUUUGUAAAAACCGGCCUGUUCAUCUUCAGUUUAUCACGUGGGUUUUCUUUUACUGCACAUAAGGUGUUCGAUAAAAGUCCCCAAAGACAUACAACCAUUAUAACUGACAAAGGGUACGAAGCCUUAGCGUCUUUUGUCAAGGGAAAUGUGUUAGGCAAGAAACCCACAAAGUAUGAACUCUGUACUGCUCUUAAUUAUUGCGCGAAGACACGAAACUCUCGCCUUGGUUCCCAGAUCCAUGCAAAGGUAGUUCAUACAGGUUUUGACCAGAAUUUGUAUAUAAACAGCGCGUUAGUGAACGUGUACGCGAAAUGUGGUUCGAUGGGUGAGGCGAUGAAGGUGUUCGAUGGAAUGGAAUUACAUGACGAAGUAUCGUGGACUUCGAUGAUAUGUGGGCUUUCGCAAAACGGGCAGGGAGGAGAAGCCCUUUGUUUGUUUAAAGAAAUGUUGACGACGCCGGUUAGGCCGAAUUGUUUUACUUACGUUAGUGUUGUUAGCGCGUGUACCGAGCAAGAAUCGGUGUUUAAAUGCGGGGAGUUGGUUCAUGCUCAUGUGGUAAUGCGGGGACAUGAAAGCAAUAGUUUUGUGAUAAGUGUUUUGAUUGAUUAUUAUGCGAAAUGUGGACGAAUGGAUAAAGCGGUUAUGCUAUUCGGAUCAUGUGCUUAUAAUGAUGAUGUUGUCUUGAACACUAUGAUCUCAGCGUACUCGCAUAACCGACAAGGUGAGGAUGCACUCAGACUUUUUGCGAAAGUGCAUAACGCAAAUGCGGGUCUUAGUGAACACACUUUGACCAGCAUCUUGGAUGCUUGUGGCGCGUUAACGGUUCUCCGACAAGGAAAACAGGUGCACGCUUUGGUAACGAAAAUGGGUUCGGAUCGGAACACGUUUGUGGUUGGUGCGUUGAUUAACAUGUACUCGAAAUGCGGUAACAUCGAUGAAGCGUGUCAUGUUUUUUAUCAAACGGGCUACAAAAACAACGUAUUAUGGACUUCAUUGAUCACCGCGUACGCGCAGAGCGGUAGAGGUCUGGACGCUUUGAAAAUCUUUGAUCAUUUACUUACGGAAAAAAGAUUUGACCCGGAUCACGUAUGUUUUACAGUUGUGUUGACUGCUUGCAACCACUCUGGACUUCUCGACAAAGGUAUUAGUUAUUUCAAAAAGAUGACGUCAGAUUAUAAUUUGGUUCCUGAAGUUGAUCAGUAUGCUUGCUUGAUCGAUCUUUAUGCGAGAAAAGGCGAUCUUGAAAGUGCGAAAAGGGUAAUGGAGGAAAUGCCAUUUUAUGCGAACGCGGUGAUGUGGAGUUCGUUCUUGAGUUCGUGUAAAGAAUAUGGGAAUGUAGAGCUUGGGAGAGAAGCUGCUUAUAAGCUAUUUGAACUUGAACCGCGUAGUCCUGUACCGUAUCUGGUUUUAGCGGAUAUAUACGCUAGUGCGGGUUUAUGGAAUGAAGUGCAAAACAUAAGGAAGUUAAUGAAUGAAAAUGGAUUAAGAAAAUGUUUGGCGGGCUGGAGUUGGGUCGAGGUAGACCGUACAGAAUGAAGUCCAUGUUUAGAAAUGCUGAACACACGUACUCUGCAAUAUAUCACUUUGGAAGUUCAUUUUACGCGUUGGUUUUAAUAGGCACACGCGUAAGGCGAGCUGAAUAUGCCUCUGGGUUAGGAGGAUGAUAUGUGAAACCAACCAAAUGGGAAGAAAUAUUGAAAGGUUUACUUGGUAAAAAGGUUGACAUGUAAAUCAGAUGAGAAAACGCAGCUUCUGGUUGCAAGUAAAGCUUAUUUGGUUGUACGAAACGCUUCGUGUACAUGAUUCGCGUGCCUUGGUUUCGGGACCUAAAUGCCUCAGAGCACAUGGAUGGAUGUGUGUGUGCAUAUGGGUAUUUCCUUGUAUUUGUGCAUGUAAUAUAUAUUCCAUCAAUGACAAAUUUCAGUUUCAUAUGUAUAAAACAGUCACGUUUAAACCA